AUGCGUAAUAUAGCCAUAUAUAGUUGCACGAUUGCUGUUGCCACGUAUUGGGCUACAUUUUGCCUGGGUACCGGUGCCUUCCUAUCGGCUGCGGCCGUACGGCCAACAGCAGUUCUAAGCCACGUUAACAACCUAGCAUUUAACGCUAUAGAACUUGCCAAGAUAUUUGGUCGAUUGGCUGAUCCAUCGCCCAUCGGCAGCGUGCUCAAAACACCUAAUUGCAAUGUCGUCGGUGUAGACACGCGCCGCAAAUGCAAGUGGCGCUCCCUUUUCGACCACGAGGACGAGAGCCUGUCCCGACCACAGUUCUCUAAGCGGCUCGCAGCUGCGCAGUUAGACUGGCCGACGUACUACGUCGCAAACAGACAGCCUCUCUUCCUGGUGCCUGAGAGGCAACGUCACAAGUUCAAGCUCAAAGGGUAUCUCGGAAACGACGACGCUAAGGAAGGUGCCGCUGCCAUUUCGGGGCGAGCAUUGAAGGGCAUUGCCACCCAACCACUAGAAGAGGAGGCUGUUGACUCCGUAUUCAUGGCACUUAGCCACGAGGAGGAUAAACUCACGAUCAACCACAUACUAGCAUUCAUCAGGUAUAGGUCCCCCCUCUUGCGCAUGGUAAACUGGGAGACGUUCCUGGCAUCGCUUCCGGUAGGACCAGACGACAUACCAAUUUGA